AUGAAGCAGGACAUCCUCAUCCUCGGCGCAGGGGAGCUGGGCCUCGCCGUCGUGGAGGCCCUCGCCAAGCACCCCCUACACUCGCAGACCAAGUUGACUGUGCUUCUGCGCCAGUCCACCCUCGACACGGCUGCACCAGAGAAGAAGCGUACAGUGCACCAUCUCAAGGGCCUAGGCGCGGACUUUGAAGGUGCCGACAUGGCGGCGGCGCCUGUGUCAGAGCUCUCCGCCAUUUUCAAAAAGUACGACACCAUCAUAUCAUGUUCUGGCAUGGCCAUGCCACCCGGUACGCAGACAAAGAUCACGGAGGCCGUCCUGGACGCUGGCGUCAAGAGGUACAUGCCAUGGCAGUUUGGCAUGGACUACGAUGUCAUCGGCGAGGGCAGCGCGCAGGAUCUCUUUGACGAGCAGCUGGCCGUGCGCAAGUUGCUCCGCGGACAAGACAAGACCACAUGGACCAUCGUCUCGGUGGGCGUGUUCAUGAGUUUCAUCUUUGAUCCGUGGUUCAACAUUGUGAACAUCAAGGAGAAGACGGUCAACGCGCUCGGGAGCUGGGAUACGUCCAUCACCGCGACAACACCAGAGGACGUUGGUCGCGUGGUGGCGGAGGUCGUUCUCCAUCCGAAGGAGCUCGUAGAGCAGAGUGGGAUUGCGUUCGCGGCAGGCGAUACCGUGUCCUACAGUCAGCUGGCGGAUCUUGUCGAGGCGCGGUGCGGCACAUCCUUUCAGCGCGAGCUCUGGGAUUUGGAGGCCCUGAAGAAGGAGAUGGCAGAAAAUCUUAGUGGUAGGGUCAAGUACUGGGGCGCUUUUGCGCAGGGAAGGGGAGUAGCGUGGCCACGGGAGAAGACGGUCAAUCACGAGCGUGACAUCCCCAUGACGGAUCUUAAGGCCUACCUGGAGAAGAUGGAGUAG